AUGUCUAUUGAAGCCAACGCUAUUGAAUUGAAAAAUGCUUUAAAUAAAUACCCAAAUUUCCCACAGGAAGGUAUCUUAUUUGAAGAUUUUUUACCAAUUUUCACUAAACCAGAAUUAUUUCAAAAAUUAGUCGAUUCCUUCAAGACUCAUUUACAACAAGAAUUCGGUGAUAAAAAAAUUGAUUUCAUCGUUGGUUUAGAAUCAAGAGGUUUCCUAUUUGGUCCAACGCUCGCUUUAGCUUUAGGUGCAGGUUUUGUUCCAAUUAGAAAAGUUGGUAAAUUACCUGGUGAAUGUGUUAAAGCUACAUAUGAAAAAGAAUAUGGUGUAGAUGAAUUUGAAAUGCAAAAAAAUGCUAUUCCAAAAAAUGCUAAUGUCGUUAUCGUCGAUGACAUCAUUGCUACUGGUGGUUCUGCUAAAGCCGCCGGUGAUUUAAUCUUACAAGUUGGUGCUAAUAUUUUAGAAUUCGAUUUUGUUAUGGAAUUAGAUUUCCUUCAUGGUAGAGAUAAAUUACAAUCUAAAACUUUUACUCUAUUAAAAGAUCAAACUGAAGCUUUAAAAAAUUAG